AUGCAGGCUCAGGAAGUCCUGAGGCAGCUGCGGCUUCCAGAGCUGGACGACUUACGCCAGUACAUACGUGGACUUCCCACCAACACACUGUUGGGCAUGGGCGCCAUCGCUGCAUUCACAACCUACUGGCUCACCACUAGGCCACGAGCCCUGGAACCAGCGUGUGACCUCACCAUGCAGUCCGUGGAAAUGCUAGUAUGUAUUGAUUGCAGUCAGGUGUGGCUUGUUUUAGCAGAAGCCUCAUUGGUUCAACUUUCUGCAAUUUUUGCCUAUCAGGGUGAAGAAGCUGCAAGAAGAUCGGUGCUCAACAAGAGUGAUGAAUAUCUGACGUGCUACCACAGCGAUGCAAAAACAAUAUAUGAGGGCUUUCUACGAGGUCUCAGAGUGUCAAAUAAUGGACCGUGUUUAGGAGCGAGGAAACCAAACCAGCCUUACGAAUGGCAGUCUUACAGAGAGGUUGCAGACCGGGCCGAGAACAUCGGCUCUGCCCUGCUUCACAAGGGUCACUCGCAAUCAGGAGACAAAUUCAUUGGAAUCUUUGCCCAAAACAGACCUGAGUGGACAAUUUCUGAACUGGCCUGCUACACAUACUCUCUCGUAGCCGUUCCGCUGUACGACACACUCGGUGCAGAGGCCAUCAGCUUUAUCAUCGAUAAAGCCACCAUCAGUACAGUGAUCUGCGACGUCCCGCAAAAAGCCCAGAUGAUUCUCGACUGUUUUGACAAGAAACCGCGAAGGGUGAAGACUAUUGUGUUGAUGGAGCCUUUUGACGGCGAGCUGGUGGCUCGAGGACAGACAUGCGGCGUCCAGGUUCUAAGUCUGAAGGAGUUUGAGGACUUGGGUAAAGCCAACUACCAUGACCCCAUGCCACCGAAACCUGAGGACAUUGCACUUAUCUGCUUUACAUCUGGAACUACUGGAAACCCUAAGGGUGCAAUUCUCACUCAUGGAAAUGUCAUCUCAAACACUGCAGCUUUUCUUAAAAUAACAGAGAGUGCAGUGAAGACCACUCCCAAAGAUGUGCACAUCUCCUUCCUCCCUUUGGCCCAUAUGUUAGAAAGAGUAGUUCAGGGUGUCAUCCUCAUCCAAGGUGCUCGUAUCGGAUUCUUUCAAGGCGACAUUCGGCUCUUGAUGGACGACCUGAAAGAAUUGCAGCCGACAUUCUUCCCUGUGGUGCCCCGUCUCCUCAAUCGCAUGUUUGAUAAGAUAUUUAGCCAAGCCAACACGCCACUAAAAAGAUGGAUGCUUGAUUUGGCUUUCCGGAGGAAGCUGUCCGAUCUGAAUAGCGGUGUGGUGAGGAGAGACAGUAUAUGGGAUAAGAUCAUCUUCAGAAAAGUGCAGGCGAGCCUUGGUGGACGUGUGCGUCUGAUGCUUACAGGAGCUGCCCCCGUUUCGCCCACCGUGCUCACUUUCCUACGAGUUGCGCUGGGGUGCCAGUUUUACGAAGGCUACGGCCAGACUGAAUGCACAGCCGGAUGCGCCAUGUCGAUGCCUGGCGACUGGACAGCAGGACAUGUCGGACCUCCUCUGCCUUGUAACGCUAUCAAACUGGUGGAUGUGGCGGACAUGAACUACCUGGCAGCCAACAACGAAGGAGAGGUUUGUGUCAAAGGACCAAAUGUCUUCCUGGGAUAUCUGGGAGACCCUGAGAAAACGGCGGAGGCCAUUGAUGAAGACGGAUGGCUACACACGGGGGACAUUGGGAAAUGGCUUCCAAAUGGCACUCUGAAGAUCAUUGACAGGAAGAAACACAUCUUCAAGCUGGCGCAAGGAGAAUACAUUGCCCCGGAGAAAAUUGAGAACAUUUACACUCGCAGUGACUCGGUGGCGCAGAUAUUUGUGCACGGGGACAGUUUACAGGCAUGUUUGGUGGCAGUUGUGGUGCCUGAUCCCGACUCUUUACCCAACUGGAUCAAGAGACGAGGCAUUGAUGGCUCCUACUUGGACUUGUGUAAAAACAAUGAUGUUAAGAAUGCAAUUUUGGAAGAUAUCCAGAAGCUGGGCAAAGAAGCUGGACUCAAAUCUUUUGAACAGGUGAGAGACAUUGCAUUACAUCCAGAGAUGUUCUCCGUGCAGAACGGUCUGCUGACACCAACGCUCAAGGCUAAGAGGGCAGAACUUCGGAGUCACUUUAGAUCGCAGAUAGAUGAACUUUAUGCCGGAGUUAAGGUCUAA